AUGGUCGCUGAUCAAGUGGUGACAUGCAUUAUGUGCUUGUCCUACGAAGAUUUCCCAGCGUUCGUGGCAUACUUGAGGAAAUUCAUGCUCUCUCCAGAGAUAUCUUACAUCACGGGUCUCACGAGAGGGCACUUAAACCUCAUAUCCAUCCAUAACAACCGCGAAAACAUUCUCUUUGAGAUGGAGCAGCAUUCGACGCAUGUGUGCAUCCCAGCUUUUGAGGAUAUAUGCGUGCGUGCUGAGAUGUACAACAGAGAGAUUGAAGCCAGGGAUAGAGCGAUAGCAAGGAGGAACCAGAUGGGAAUUAGCAGUGUUUUUGAAAGAGGUGAAUCAAGUAAUAGCCGCCAGUUCUUACGUGGUGGUCAACAAAGAACAAACGGUGGGCAAGGAAACGCAGCUUCUAGGACUAUCUUCCUCACAUUUUCUAGAGGAUACCCAGUUUCUAGAGAAGAAGUUCAUGGCUACUUUACCUGGAGAUUUGGGGAUAUGAUAGAAGCGAUACACAUGGGUGGAACGGAAGGGACUGGACAAAAUCUGUAUGCAACGAUGCUGUUAAAUUCUCCCUCCAAAAUUCCAGAGAUUCUAAUGGAAGGGGUGUUCAGGACCAAAUACACCAUCAAUGGAAAACAUGUUUGGGCUCGAAAAUUCAUUCCCAGCCACAAAUCCUCCUCCAAGAAAAAUCGUUAUCUCCACUCCCAUGGAAACUAUUUCUAG